AUGCUGUGCUUUCAGUCCAAACCAAAAAUCGAUCCUGCCCAUGCGGUUAGCAUAGGGUGUGUUGAGGUAUCGUUUAAAUGUCAUGCAGCCGCGAUUAUUGUGAUCACCACGUCCGGGCUGUUAGCUCAGUUAAUCGCUAGGUACAGGCCAAGACGUCCCGUAUUGGCGAUCGUCAGGCACGGAAAGUCCGCGAGAAAGCUAUCAGUGUGGCGUAAUGUGAUAGCUUUGCAGUACAUUGAUCCGAUAGAAAACAUUUGGUCUAAGGAAAUCGAAAACCGUACAAGGUUUGCGAUGGAUUUUGGAAAAAGAAAAGGAAUAUUGCAUCAGGGAAAUUUGGUCUUGCACAUGAGUUGCUCUAAACAAAACGCGGGACUAACACCAUGA